AUAUGUGGAUGUUUUCUUGGCUUUGUGCUAUUUUAAUUAUUUUGGCUAUUGCUGGUAUGAACACAAUAGCAAAGACCACACCACAUACCAAAUUUACGAAGAAAUCUGAGGAAAGAGAGAUGCCAAAGGGUCUAAAGCCAUCCAGUGGCCCACCUCCAGAAGAAGAAGAAACCCUCUUCACAGAAAUGGCUGAAAUGGCAGAACCAAUUACCAAACUCUCGGCCUUGGAUUCUGUCUUUGGCACUGCCGCUCUCUCUCCCUUUGAAAACUUCACUCUUGACCCAGCUGAUUUCUUUUUGAAUUGUUGUGAUUGUUGUUCACCUGUACCCGGGCAGAAAGGAGAACCUGGAGAGACUGGACAGCCAGGUCCUAAAGGAGAGGCUGGAAAUUUGGGGAUCCCAGGGCCACCAGGAGUUGUUGGGCCCCAAGGCCCUAGAGGCUACAAAGGAGAGAAAGGACUCAAAGGAGAACGUGGGGACCAAGGAGUUCCAGGAUACCCAGGAAAACCGGGAGCACAAGGUGAACCUGGCCCUAAGGGAGAUAAAGGAAACAUUGGUUUGGGAGGAGUGAAAGGACAAAAAGGCUCCAAGGGAGACACAUGUGGGAAUUGUACCAAAGGAGAAAAAGGAGACCAAGGGGCUAUGGGCUCACCGGGCCUGCACGGAGGGCCUGGCGCCAAGGGAGAGAAGGGGGAGAAGGGGGAGAUGGGGGAUAAGGGCUGCUGUGGAGAUUCUGGGGAGAGGGGAGGAAAAGGACAGAAAGGUGAGGUGGGUAUGAAAGGGGAAAAAGGUAGCAAAGGAGACAGUGGAAUGGAAGGCAAAAGCGGCCGUAAUGGUCUGCCUGGGGCCAAAGGUGAUCCAGGGAUUAAAGGAGAAAAAGGAGAGUUAGGUCCUCCUGGUCUCCUGGGACCUACUGGGCCAAAGGGUGACAUUGGCAACAAAGGGGUCCGAGGCCCCACUGGGAAGAAGGGCUCUCGGGGCUUUAAAGGCUCCAAGGGUGAGUUGGCUAGAGUGCCCCGGUCGGCUUUCAGCGCUGGUUUGUCAAAGCCAUUUCCUCCUCCUAACAUCCCCAUCAAAUUUGAAAAGAUUCUCUAUAAUGACCAAGGGAAUUACAGUCCUGUCACUGGGAAGUUUAACUGCUCUAUUCCUGGGACAUAUGUUUUUUCCUACCAUAUUACGGUGAGGGGGCGACCUGCUCGAAUCAGUCUGGUGGCCCAGAAUAAGAAGCAGUUCAAGUCCAGAGAAACUCUCUAUGGUCAGGAAAUAGACCAGGCCUCUCUCCUCGUCAUCUUGAAAUUAAGUGCAGGAGACCAAGUCUGGCUUGAGGUGUCAAAAGAUUGGAAUGGGGUGUAUGUCAGUGCUGAGGAUGACAGCAUUUUUACUGGGUUCCUUUUGUACCCAGAGGAAACUUCUGGAAUUUCACCAUAAAUUUGUGUCCUGAAUCCUGUAGUUUAGAUUCAGUGGAAUAAGUCAGUUAACACAGAGUAGUGCUAUUAAAAAAUAACUUCCAUUUUUUCAAGAUUAUAAAAAUAAUACAGAAAAAUUUAAAAAAGUCACCUAGUCAAUUAUUAUUCCUAUUUUAAGGCACCUCCUUUAAAAAUAUUUAUAUGUAUUUCAGAGCAUAUGUCUAUUAACUUUGUAGCUAGCCUUUAAAAUUUAGCAUUAUAAUAUUAGCAUUAGUCAUUCCAUUUAAGCAUAAUAAUUAAUAUUUGUAUACAAAGUAUGAAUGGGAUUUAUAAUUAAUAAAUAUAUUCUUGCUAAAUAUCUUCUGUAUCUCAGAUCAAUGUGUGUCACUUCCUUCUGUGUGAAUUGCAGAGUAUGACAGCAAGUUUUUGACUCUCUUGGGUGGGUUGCCUUCUGACAAAAUGGAACUAUUCUCAUGUUAGUUUAAUUCAUGGAGACGACACAGAAAGGGUGGCAAAGACUAGCUAAAGGAUAUUUAAAAUUUAUCAAUGUGUAAAGGUUUGCUUAGAAAACUUGUAUUAUAUGGACUUGUGUGUUGGGUAAAAUGUAAGAAAAAGUUGAUGAUCAUAGUGAAGAUGAAAUCUUUCAUCAAAUUAUUGUGCUUAGAAGAACUGAAUGUCCCCAAAAGAAUCAAGAAUAAAAUGAAAUCAUUAUUGAUCUGAAUUUUUGCCUUUUCUUCAUGAUAGAACAUUUAAUUAGGAUAAAUUCUUUGGCAUCAUUAUCAUCAUUUCUAUAAUAAUUAAUUCCAGUUAUUCAGAGAUAACAUUGCUGGAGCAGGUGGGGAUUUGGGAGUUCAUUUGCAAUGCAAAUGUAUAAUAAUUGUGAAUAUUUGAUAAUUCAGUGGUUUCAUUUUUUGUUGUUGUUGUUGUUGUUGUUGUUGUUGUUUUGAGACAGGAUUUUGCUCUGUAGCCCAAGCUGGAGUGCAGUGGAGUGAUUCUGGCUCACUGCAUCCUCAACUUCCUAUGCCCAAGUGUUCCUCCCACCUUAGCCUCCCAAGUACUUGGGAACACAGGCCUUUGUCACCAUGCUUGGCUAAUUUAUUUAUUUAUUCUUUAUUUUUGUAUAGAUGGAAUCUCCCUAUGUUACCCAGGCUGGUCGUAAACUCCUGGGCUCAAGUGAUCCUCCUGCCUUGGUCUCCCAAAGUGUUGGGAUUAUGGGUGUGAGCCACUGCGCCUGGCUGGCUUCAUCUUUUAAGAAAGAAAAUUUAUUGAAUCCAAAUUGAAUUUGGUUCUAUGAAGGUAUAGUUAUGCAGAUUUGGAAAUCUUGGUGCAUCAAGACAGGGAGUGGGUGAUAGAAAACUUUCUGGUCUGCUCUGCCUACUUUGUUGCACUGCCUACUUUGGCAAACACCAUUCACUUUUGAGGCUGUCACUCAUAUAUAUAUAUAUAUGUACACACACAUAUGUAUAUACACACAUAUAUAUAUACACACGUAUGUAUAUGCACACACAUAUACAUAUGUAUAUACACACAUAUAUAUACACACAUAUGUAUAUAUUUAUAUAUGAGUGAGAGCCUCAAAAGUGAACGAUGUUUAUAUACAUGUGUUUCUCAAACUGUGUUCAGAGGAAUACCAUUUCUGGAAGUUGGUAUUAUGAACUACUGGAAAAAAGUGGGUUCUGCCUCAAACAAAUAUUGGAAGUACUAUAUUCUGUCUUCCUGUUGCAGAUCUAUAAAGCACAUUAGUGUAGUCUCGGAUGUUCCCGCAGAAAAUAAGUUUGUUUAAUUUUAUUUUAUCCAAUGAUCAUGUUUAUUUUGGGUAUAGAAUUGAUCAAGUAACAUACUGUGAAAGAGCAUUCUGUAGUAUAUCCAUUUUGGAAAUGUUGCAUUUGUUUCUCAUGUAAGGAUCCAAGUGGGGUAAAGUUAACUCCUGAUGUUUCUCCCUUUCUUCAGCAGUUCUUCCCUGUUGAGAAUGUAAUAUUGCUUUAGUUGUAGCUGUGCUUGUUAUUUGUCAGAGGGAGAAUAAGAUAAUUUGCAAGUGAUUU